UUUACUCUCAGCUGUUUGACUUUGAUUUCAAAAAAAUUAAGAAAAAUUUAAUCAAUCAGUUCACACACAAAUAGAAAAAACAAUUCAUCUUCAAUUAAACUAAGAAAAAUGUGCUAAUAUUUAUUUUAAAGAACAUAAAUUUAACCUUUAAACCAACAACAAAUUGUCGGUGUUAUUGAAAACCUUUUUGGGAGAAAGGUUUUUCCUUAAUACACCUCCCAGGAAAAAUUGCCACAACAUGACAACAUUUGACCUGACCUCCGUGACAAGUAGCCACAAUAGUUCUUCUACGGCACAACUAGCAGCCUCGUCAUCAUCAUCAUCAUCAACUUCUAUCAAUAACGUCAGCACUUAUCAUUUAUUAGAUUCGGAAAGAGAACAAUUAAUAAAAACAAAUACAUCUUCAUUAUCAUCAGCAUCAGCAGCAACGGUGGCAGCCGGUAACCCAACAACAACUACUAGUAAUACUGUUUCUUUAGGUACCAUUAUAGCGGCUGUGUGUGGCGGUAUGAAUUCAUGGUUUCGUCAUUAUCGCAUUUAUAAAACUAUUCUAUUGAUAUUAUUGCUGUUGGUGCUUCUGCCUUUGUUUGCUCAUAGAAGUUUAUUAAAUCCAGACAAUGAUGUGCCUCAAUUGGACUUGCACAGAGCCAGGCCUUUACUGGAUGCUUAUGAGGAUUUUAGCUCGAUGCGUGCCAGUGAUUUGAAAAUGAGAAUUGAAGAAUUGUUGAGAAUUAAGAGUACUGUUUCUAUAGAACUUCGUGAGCUGGAGGCGCGACGUCAAAAACUUCAAUCAGAUAUCGGUCAAUAUAAUCAAAAAAUCGAAGAACUAAAACAGGAACUAAUGCGUGAACAAACCGAACUUGAAAGAUUAAAAAUAAGCGUAGAACAAGCUCAAGUGGCACAGCGGGAAGCGGUUCAACGUAAUACACCCGAUUUGGCAUUACCACGUACUCUCUAUCCUAAUGUUUUGCCACGCAAAAUGCCACCAACAUCAGCACAAACUAUGAACUCAUGUGAAAUGCACAAUUGUUUCGAUCAUUCUAGAUGUAGUUUAACAUCCGGAUUUCCUGUUUAUCUUUACGAUCCUGAUGUGUAUAAUAUCUUAAAGCCUGGCUAUGAUAUUGAUGGUUUCCUAAGGACAACCAUUAAACAAACCUUGGGCUAUAAUGCUCAUAUUGUUAGAGAUCCUAAAUUGGCUUGUAUCUAUUUGGUUCUGAUUGGAGAGGCUUUAUUUGAAAAUGAUUUAGUGAAAAAUAAUCGUUAUGCUGCCUUGGAGGAAGAGGAAAAAUAUAAAUUAAACUCUAAUUUGUCCGAUAAAUAUGAUGCCAUUGAUAUGAAUAAACUCUAUAGGCUGCCUUACUGGGGUGGUGAUGGUCGUAAUCAUGUUUUAUUGAACUUGGCGCGUAGAAAUUUAAAUUCCAAGGCCACCAAUGCUUUACUCAAUCAAAAUACUAUGAGAGCUAUAGUGGUACAAUCCUCCUUUGAGGCCACACAAUUUCGUGUCAAUUAUGACUUGAUAGUGCCUCCCAUAUUGGGUCCUCCAGGCGGUGAUGUAUGGCAAGAAUGUGCUGCCAUGGUACCAGCUAGACGUACCUAUUUACUGUCUUUCCAGGGUGAGCUAAGACCAUUAAAUGAACCCGUUAGAAUACCACAUCCUUUGGAUGAUUUUAUAUUGGAUCACCUAACGGAAAUGUCUAAAGGGCCUACACAAGAUAGAUUUUUACUACAAUUUAAAUGUGUUCCUGCCACCGAGCAACAUGAUGAGAAUUCUGUAGUUGAUUGGGCUCUAUGUGGUACCGAUUCGUCGCGUAAGAAUAUUUUAAAAGAUUCAACAUUUGCUUUAAUCUUACCACCUUUGGAAAAGCGGGUAAGUUCCACUUUAAUGUUGGCACGUAUUUAUGAGGCUUUACGCUCUGGUGCCAUUCCUGUCAUAUUGGGUGCCGAUGAGGUUCGUUUGCCCUAUAGUGAAACUAUUGACUGGCGAAGAAUUGCCUUACUACUGCCCAAAGCACGCAUCACUGAAUUGCACUUCCUUUUGCGUGCCAUACAAGAUGGUGAUCUGUUGCUAAUGCGUCGUCAAGGUCGUUUAAUAUGGGAACGUUAUUUGAGUUCAGUUCAAGCUACAGUCGAUACAGUUAUAGCCAGCUUAAGAGAUCGUUUGGGUAUACCACCACGUCCGGUACCACCUGUCAUAGCACAAAGUGUUUUUAAUAAUACUUUUAUUCCAUUAAAAUCUGAUCCUCCAGUGGGCAUGGAUACAGAACCGGAGGAGUCUUUGGGACCCAUAGAACCGCCCUAUCCCAGUCCAGCUUUUAGGAGAAAUUACACUAUUUUGCGAAUGCAAUCGAGAGAGGCAUGGAAUGAUUGGGUGGAUCCAUUUUAUAUGUAUCCUCAAUUACCUUUCGAUCCUGUUUUACCUUCUGAAGCGAAAUUUCUCGGUUCCCAUAUGGGUUUUCGUCCUAUAGGCAAGGGCAGUGGUGGUGCUGGUAAAGAAUUUAGUGAAGCUUUAGGUGGCAACUACCCCCGAGAACAAUUUACCAUUGUCAUUUUAACCUAUGAAAGAGAACAGGUACUUAUGGACUCAUUGGGACGCCUCUAUGGUCUACCGUAUUUACACAAAGUUGUAGUGGUAUGGAAUUCACCUAAACCACCACUAGAUGAUUUAAGAUGGCCUGAUAUAGGCGUACCGGUAGCAGUGGUACGUGCACCACGCAAUUCUCUCAAUAAUCGUUUCUUACCUUUCGAUGUUAUUGAAACUGAAGCAGUUUUAUCUGUUGAUGAUGAUGCUCAUCUGAGACAUGAUGAAAUACUUUUUGGUUUUCGUGUUUGGCGUGAACAUCGUGAUCGUGUUGUUGGUUUUCCGGGACGUUUUCAUGCCUGGGAUUUAAAUGAUAAUCAUCAUUGGAAUUAUAAUUCAAAUUAUAGUUGUGAACUUAGUAUGGUGUUGACUGGAGCUGCUUUUAUACAUAAAUACUAUAUGUAUUUGUAUACAUAUCAUUUGCCACAAGCCAUACGUGAUAAAGUCGAUGAGUAUAUGAAUUGUGAAGAUAUUGCUAUGAAUUUCUUAGUAUCACACAUAACUAGAAAACCACCAGUGAAGGUUACCUCACGGUGGACAUUUAGAUGUCCUGGCUGUCCAGUGUCAUUGAGUGAAGAUGAUACACAUUUUCAGGAACGUCAUAAAUGUAUAAAUUUCUUUACACAAGUCUUUGGUUAUACACCUUUAUUAAAUACACAAUAUCGAGCUGAUUCGAUAUUAUUUAAGACCCGUAUACCGCAUGAUAAACAAAAAUGUUUUAAAUAUAUAUAAAUCAUAGUUAUAUAUAUAUAUACAUAUUAUAUAAAGUUAUAAUUAAAUAAUUAGUUAAUUUUAAGUCUAAAAUGCUGCUUACAAUUAAGUUUUAAAUCAUAGACAUUACUAAACAAACGAUUUUAAUUAUCAAAACAAAAAAACUAUUCUACAAUCUACAAAUAUUAUUUUUUAAGCAAAAAAGGACUGCAUUAUCAAAACAAAUAUCAUACAAAAUAAAACUAAUAAUUAAGGUGCAAUAAAUACUGAUCAACAGAUCAAAUUACAAAUUCUGACAUAAAUCUUAACUCCUAACAAAUGAGUUUCUGUUGAUCAGUGUUAAUUUUAAACAAAUUUUAUUUAUACUCAUAAAAUUUUUAAAAAUUUAAAAAAAAAAUUAUCACAAAUCCUUUUUAUUUUAUAAAAAAAAUGUGUCAUAUUAGUUUUAUU